AUGGCAUCUCAAACGCAGCGGCUAAUGGUGUUGCUCCUCCUCUUCUUGGUGGUGUCCACCACUGCCGCCGUCCCUGUAACGAGGAGUCUUAAGGAAGUCAAGAACCGUAUGUCUAUUCCUAAUCUCCGUUUUGAGGACGGUAAGGAGGAAGACAAGAAUGGCGAUUUACGGAAAGUGGAGGGGUUUUUGGGAAAAAGAAUGAAUGUGGAGCUUCAUGAUUAUGGGACAAUACCAAACUGCAAAAAUCUGAUCAUAAAAUGUCGUUAA